AUCAAAAUUUUAAGUAAUUGAUGGGAAUAGAUUAUUUCAAAUAUAAUGAAUUUAACGUCAAAACGAAUGUGGUUUUGUACAGUAAUGUUAGGAUGUCUAACACUGUCGUUAUUAUAUCAGCGGGACUUUACUGUAAGUGCUUUACAGUUACAAAUCAGAAUGAAGAUUUAUAAUAAUUCAACUAACUCAUUAGACAGACAGAAAGGAAUGAAAUAUAUAUUGGCAUGGUCACCUCCAAAACAUUGGCCAUUGAAAUAUUGGGGUCCAGGGCAAACUGAGUAUAUCAGAAGAAAAUGUAAAGUAAAUAAUUGUUACGUAACCGCAAAUAGAUCGUUUUUUCCGAACAUCACACAAUUCGACGCAGUUGUGUAUAAUUCGAUGGAAAUGAAGGGUAUAGCAUUUGUGCCUGGCCCAAAAAUACGAAGUCCGCAUCAAAAAUAUAUAUUUACCAGUAUGGAGUCCUCGCAUUACUACCCGCUUUGUGACAAGAGAUACAAUAACUUUUUCAAUUGGACUUGGACUUACAGGCUAGACUCUGAUGAACCUUAUGGAUACAUAACUAUUAGAAAUAUUACGGGCGACAUAAUUGGUCCAAAUCAAAUUAUGCACUGGAUGAAAUUGGAUUCGAUGAAACCAAUCGAUGAAAAAACAAAAAAGAUGUUAGAGAAGAAAAACAAAACUGCUGCCUGGUUUGUUUCUAACUGCCGAACUAAAAGUAAAAGAGAACAACUCGUCUUCAAGCUACAAAAAGAAUUAGGAAAAUAUUAUGGUUUAGAGAUUGAUAUAUUCGGUGGAUGUGAAUGGGCUUUGAAAAAAUGUCCCUUGGAAAAAAUGAAAGAGUGCUUGAAAUUGAUCCAAGAGCAGUACUAUUUUUAUCUCUCUUUCGAGAAUUCCUUUAGCGAAGACUACGUGACCGAGAAAUUGCUGACGGCGCUACAGAAUUACGCGGUGCCGAUAGUUUACGGAGGCGCUAACUACACACGAUUCAUGCCGGAUGGUAUAUAUCUGCAUGCUGGUAAAAUAGAGGUAUCCGAUCUGGCGAAACAAAUGAAUGAUAUCAUAAAAAACAAAGACAGAUAUUACAGUUUCUUCAAAUGGCGAAACCACUAUUCCUACCACGAUAAAGAAGAAUCACCCGAUUCUGACGACCAGUGCAUAACGUGUGCAAUGCUUAACGACGACGCUCUUAUGAAGAAGGAAACCGUGUAUAAGGAUUUUACAAACUGGUGGAAUGUUCCGUGGGAAUGUUAUGGUAGAAAAGGGUAGACGGGUGAAGAAUUUCUAAAGGCCCAAAAGACGAUGGAUUGUGCGAAAGAGGAUAUGAGAAAGAAAGAAGUGAGUGUUGAGGUGACGAAAGAUAGAGGAGAAUAGAACAGAAACCAUGUGCCGACCCCACAUAACGUAGGAUAAGAGUAGAAAGAACAGGAAGAAGAAGAAGAAAAGUAGGCCCAAAAUACUCUACUUAAAAAAGGGAUUUA